AUGGAGUACGAAAAAGAAGCUCUGAUACAGAAUCUAAUUGAUAUAGUGAAUGAAAUAUCGGCGAUUGCAGACUACCGGUGUACGGUCAAGAAGCAGUAUUGUAACCUAUCGAGGAGGUUGAAGCUGCUGACUCCGAUGUUCGAGGAGAUUCGAGAUAGUAAAGAGCCAGUUCUUGAAGAGUCAUUCAAAGCCCUAGCUUCUUUGAAGGAAGCUCUGGAAUCAGCUAGAGACUUGCUUAGAUUCGGAAGUGAAGGAAGCAAGAUUUAUUUGGUGCGUAAGUGUUUUCCGACUACGCAUUUUGACCAUUCGUUGAACUCUUCCGAUUUUGUCAACAAGCUGUUCUGA